AUGGCACCGCGAUCACGCACACGCACGAUCGCAAGCCUCGCAGCCGCUCUCGCCGCCGCCUCGACAGCUUUCGCCGCGCCCAAGGACAACACCAUCGAGAUUGUCGGCGAGGCGGGCGUCAGUGCUCAGCAGAUCUUCCUCGCCCAGAACAACAAGGUCUAUGUGGUCGACAAGACCGAGCGCAAUCCCGUCAAUGUCACCGGCGCGCAGGGGACCCACCCGGCGUGGGCGACCGAGUACGACAACGACAGCAACACGUACCGACCAAUGGACAUCGUGACCAACUCGUUCUGCGCCGGCGGCAACGUCCUCGGCAACGGGACAUGGAUCAACGUCGGCGGGAACCAGGCGAUUGGGUACGGCGGGCUGAACGCGAACCCGCUCACGGGGCCGUACACGGAUGGAGACGGUGGAAAGGCGACGAGGAGGCUGGAUUGCUCGUCGGGCACGUGCGAGUGGAUUGACGAUGGCUCGAACUACAUGACGACCCGGCGGUGGUAUCCGACGCUCGAGACGCUCGAGGACGGCACCAUCAUCAUCGUCGGCGGAUGUGACUGGGGAGGCUACGUCAACGACGCCGGCCAGAACAACCCGACGUACGAGUACUACCCCUCUCGCGGCGGUCCCAUCGGCCUCAAUCUCCUCACGACGACCCUCCCCGCCAACCUCUUCCCUCUCAUCUGGCUCCUCCCCUCGGGCAACCUCUUCAUCAACGCCAACCUCGGCACCGAGAUCUUUGACUACAAGAACAACGUCGAGUACCCGCUUGCCGACAUUCCUCAUGCGGUCAGGACGUACCCUGGAUCCGCUGCGACUGCGUUGAUGCCCCUCACCCCGGCCAACAACUGGACGGCCACCAUCAUGUUCUGCGGCGGAACCGACCUCCAGCCGGACCAGUGGACCACCAACUGGAACAUUGCCGGCUACCCCGCCGACUCGACCUGCGUCUCGAUGACGCCGGACGUCUCGACCGACUGGGUCGACGAGGAGCCUCUCCCCGAGGGUCGCGUCAUGGGCAACUGGAUUUUCCUCCCCGACGGCCGCCUCGUCCUCAUCAACGGUAUCGGGAAGGGCACAGCCGGCUACGGCAACACCUCGUGGGCUAUCGGCCAGUCGUUCGGCGACGACCCCGUGCACACGAUCCGCUACUACGACCCGAACCAGCCCAAGGGCUCGCGCUUCUCUGCCGCGAUCGCCAACUCGACCAUCGACCGCAUGUACCACUCGUCCGCGACCCUCCUCCCCGACGGCUCGGUCUGGUCGUCCGGCUCGAACCCGAACGCCGACUACGUGCCGUACAACGCGCCCGGCUACAAAUAUUUCACCGAGUACCGCGUCGAGCGGUUCUACCCCGACUACUACACCGCGAACCGCCCUCAGCCGCAGGGGAUCCCGCAGACGCUCACGUACGGAGGCGACUGCUUUGACAUCAAGCUCUCGGCGAGCGACGUCGGCAAAACGGACAACCUCGCCAACACCCGUGUCACGCUCGUCAGGCCUGGGUUCUCGACGCACGCGAUGAACAUGGGUCAGCGAUUCGUCGAGCUCAACAUGACCUACACGGUCAACUCUGACGGCUCGGCCGUCCUGCACACUGCGCAAGUUCCUCCCAACCCCGCCAUCCUCCCUCCCGGCCCAGUCCUCAUCUUCGUCGUCGUCAACGGCGUUCCGUCGCAAGGCCAGUGGGUGACCGUCGGCAACGGCCAGCUCGGUGCCCAGACCGUCAGUGCUGCCGCUGCGCUGCCCGCAUCGCAGGGCGGACCGGCAGGCAAGUUGCCCUGGAACGCGGGCGACCUCGUCCUGACGCAGACGACCGCGGCUGUCACUGCACGUCCGACUGCGGCGGCGAGCAGCUCGUCGAGCGGGAAGGAUACGUCGGGCGUUGCGGCGCUCCGGAGCGACGUCGCUGCUGUGGUCGGCGUUGUGCUUGCGGCGCUGGGGACAGCGGCGGCCUGGGCGCUGUGA